ACCUUCUAGUCCGAGUCAGGAGUCCAGCAGGUGUGUUUGAUACCACAACCUUCUAGUCCGAGUCAGGAGUCCAGCAGGUGUGUUUGAUACCACAACCUUCUAGUCCAAGUCAGGAGUCCAGCAGGUGCUGGACAUGAGGGACAUGAGGAUGUUAGGUGACAGUAAUCCAGACCCGACGUAACGGGAACAUGAAUGAUGACACUUUGGAGGUGAUGAAGCAUCGAAGAUCACCUGCCGAAACUCAUUGGCUGCAGGUGUGCCAGCGUAGCUCCGCCCCAGACAGGCAAGACCAGACCACCCCGACAAGGCCACGCCCCCCGCCUCCUCGCUUAACGCCAAGGAGGCCCCGCCCCCCUGCCCUCCCCCGGGCGAUGGGCAGCGUGCGCGGAGGAUCCUACAGCGUGGUGUCGUCGGAGAAGCCGACCAACAUGGCGGGCGACGUGGCGGCCGACAAGGUCAAGGUGCAGACGCGGCGGCGGCGGUCCGGCAGGCUGGUGAAGAAAGAUGGCCACUGCAACGUGCGCUACGUCAACGUGAGCGAGCGCGGCCAGCGCUACCUGGCGGACAUCUUCACCACCUGCGUGGACAUCCGCUGGCGCUGGAUGCUGCUGCUCUUCUGCCUGGCCUUCCUGCUGUCCUGGCUCUUCUUCGGCUGCGUCUUCUGGCUGGUGGCCAUCUUCCACGGCGACCUGGAGGGCCACGCCCACAAGUGCGUCUCCAACGUGAGCAGCUUCACCGCCGCCUUCCUCUUCUCCGUGGAGACGCAGACCACCAUCGGCUACGGCUACCGCUACGUGACGGACGAGUGCCCGCUGGCGGUCUUCGUGGUGGUCUUCCAGAGCAUCGUGGGCUGCGUCAUCGACGCCUUCAUCAUCGGCGCCGUCAUGGCCAAGAUGGCCAAGCCCAAGAAGAGGAACGAGACGCUGGCGUUCAGCCACAACGCCACGGUGGCCAUGAGGGACAACAAGCUGUGCCUCAUGUGGCGCGUGGGCAACCUCCGGCGUAGCCACCUGGUGGAGGCGCACGUGCGGGCGCAGCUGCUGCGCUCCCGCACCACGCCGGAGGGCGAGUACAUCCCGCUGGACCAGACCGACAUCAACGUGGGCUUCGACAGCGGCGCCGACCGGGUCUUCCUGGUGUCGCCCGUCACCGUGGUGCACGUGAUGGACCAGGACAGUCCCUUCUACGACAUGAGCCGGCGGGACCUCCGCGACGCCGACCUGGAGAUCGUGGUCAUCCUGGAGGGCAUGGUGGAGGCCACCGCCAUGACCACGCAGUGCCGCAGCUCCUACGUGGCCAGCGAGAUCCUGUGGGGGCGCCGCUUCCAGCCCGUGCUCUUCCAGGAGAAGGACUACUACGAGGUGGACUACUCGCGCUUCCACGCCACCUACGAGGCCGCCGACACGCCGCUCUGCAGCGCCCGCCAGCUGGCCCGCAACAAGUACGUCUUGUCGGGCUCCUUCUGCUACGAGAACGAGAUGGCGCUGGAGAGCAAGGAGGACACGGACGAGGGCAACGGCGGCAGCGUGGGCCCCGACGCCACGCCCUCCGACGCGGGCCGCAACCGGACAGAACUCUUGAGGAGGGAGUCACAAAUCUGAGGGUUUUGGACCUUUUUGCCCGCAUGGCGCUCCGGGUGAGGUGGGCGUGUCCCAAUGACGGUACGAGGGGAGGACUGCAUGGCGAGCUGGAAUGUUCUAGAAGGUGCGCCAAAGAGUGUUAUUGUUCAUGGUACUGACGUGUCCGAGGUCUUGUCUGGACCUUCUUCUGGGUCUUCUCUGCAGGACCCGGUCCAGGUCCUGCAGAGAAGACCUGCGCCAAGGUGCGCUGACCACAUGUAAAUAAUCAGGCUUUUCUAGAAGGAAAUAAAAUGUCAAAAUGGUGUCACCUUGUUGUGUGUGUGUGUGUGUGUGUGAUCGUGUGUGUGUGUGUGUGUGUGUGUGUGUGUGUGUGUGUGUGUGUGUGUGUGUGUGU